UGUUCAGACUACCUCCCUUUGACACCGUCCUGUCCGUCCUGCUCGAUACCUCACCGCUCGACCCUUUGUCCGACCGCAUUUCUACCACUUUGUCCUCCUUUUGUGUAGGCCAUUUGAACUGUCUAGGCUUGUCUUGUUACCGAGCUCCCUCUCUCUCUUUCUGUUGUCUCUUGUCUACCCAUCUCAUCAUACAAGAUCGUCAACCAAUUAUCAAGCAUGUCCAGCUCCAAAAGACCCACAGAACAAGUAUCGCAGAACCAGCAAACCAACCCACAGGAGAAGACGACAAAGGGUUCGACUGCAUCCGCACCUCGUAAAGUCAAAUUCAACGUCGGCCACGCAUACCAAGUACUCGAUGUCAUCGGCGAAGGUGCAUACGGCGUAGUCAUCUCAGCUCUUCAUCGACCAUCAGGGACCAAGGUGGCCAUCAAGAAGAUAGCUCCCUUUGACCAUUCCAUGUUUGCUCUUCGUACGCUACGGGAGCUAAAGCUACUCAAAUACUUUGCAGAAGAAGGGGUCAGCGAAAACAUAAUCACCGUGCUCGACAUCAUCAAACCAGUCUCGUAUGAAAGCUUCAACGAAGUCUACCUCGUUCAGGAACUCCUGGAGACCGACCUCCACCGUGUCAUUCGCACCCAGGACCUCAGCGACGACCACUGUCAAUACUUUCUCUAUCAAACUUGUCGAGCCUUGAAAGCAUUACACACUGCAGACAUCAUACAUCGCGAUCUCAAACCUUCCAAUCUCUUGCUCAAUGCGAAUUGCGACCUCAAGGUCUGCGACUUCGGACUGGCCAGGAGUAGCCAGGCGGCCUCACCUGAUCAACAAGGUUUCAUGACGGAAUAUGUCGCCACCCGCUGGUAUCGGGCGCCCGAAGUCAUGCUUUCCUUUCGGAUGUACACCAAGUCUAUCGAUGUGUGGUCGGUAGGCUGCAUUCUUGCGGAAAUGGUCAGCGGCCGCCCAUUGUUUCCUGGCAAAGACUAUCAUAAUCAACUAUCCCUCAUCCUUGACGUGCUUGGCACGCCUACUAUUGACGAGUUCUACGCCAUAACGUCGCGAAGAUCGAAAGAGUACAUCCGGACAUUGCCUUUUCGUAAGAAGAAGACAUUCGAGUCCCUGUAUCCCCAAGCAAAUCCGCACGCUAUCGACUUCCUCAAAAAGACUCUGACAUUUGAUCCUCGUAAACGAUACAUGGUGGAAGAUUGUCUGACCCAUGCCUAUCUGGACGCUUACCAUGAUCCUGAAGAUGAACCGGCUGCCAAACCUCUGCCUGGAGACUUUUUCGACUUUGACCAUCCCAAAGAGGAGAUCAACCGUGAAAAGCUCAAGCAGAUACUGUACGACGAGAUCAUGGACUUUCAGCCAAUGUAGUAGUAAUAGCGGAAUGAUCAAUGAGCAUGCAUCGACGUGUG